AUGGGCUCCAAAGUCUCCACGUCGGCUUCGGCGUAUCCAGCGUCGCGGCACUUGGCGCUGCUGGGCGAUUCCACCAUCGACAACGCCGGCUGGGUGCCCCGCGGCGAGCCCUGCGUGACGGACCAGGUCCGGGAGCUUGAACCCAAUGUCACCAUGUGUGCCCGUGAUGGGGCCCUGAUCGCCGCGGUGCGUCGCCAGUCCCUGGAGCUGCCGGAGAGUUGCACCGACGUGGUGGUCUCGGUGGGGGGCAACAACGCCACGGCGGCCACCACCACGGUGCUGGGAGGCGACGUGCCCAGUAGCGUGGAAGAGGCGUUGUGUCGAUUGUACACCUUUGCACAAGCCUUUGAAGCCGAAUUUGACAUUGAAAUGACGGAACUGGCUCGCAGCAUUGGCCCAUCGCGGCGUUUGGUGAUCUGUUCCUGCUACAACCCCUGCUUCGCGCCUUUUAACGUCACCACCGUGUCUCAGCCCGUGGCGAACCUGGCGUUGAGCGUUUUGAGCGACGCCGUGCUACGUGUGGCCACGCGCUUGAGAGCACCGGUCAUUGACCUGCGGCGAGUCAUGACCAAGGUGGAGGACUUUGCCAAUCCCAUCGAACCCAGCAGUUUGGGCGGUGCAAAGAUUGCGGCUGAGAUCGUGCGGGUCGUGCGGACACAUCCCUUUGAGUGCCUCACCAGCGUUAUGUUCGAAAUGGCUGUGGGUCAUGGCACCUCAUCCUACAAACCAUUGUUGUCAUGGUACCUCACCCCCUACAGACCAUGGUUUAGGUUGACAUCUCGAACGUUUUUCUAG